CCGGUGUGGUUGUGGUGAACCCGCUGGUGUUCCGUCCUCGGCUCAGAGAGGACCUUUCUUUCAUGAUGAAAUUGAAUUUUGGAUAAAAGCGCUAUGGAAGCGUUUUUCAUUUCCUACUUCAUUUUUUUGUUUGCUUUUUCAAGAUGAGAAGCACCUGAACAUUUCAGAGCGGCGCUUGGCUGCGUUAUCAUCUUCCUGUUUGUUUUUACAGUCUUUCUGCCAUAACAAUAAUGGAAGGAGUGCUGUACAAGUGGACUAAUUACAUGACAGGAUGGCAGCCACGCUGGUUUGUGUUGAACAAUGGAAUCAUUUCAUAUUACGACUCACAAGAUAAUGUGUGCAAAGGCAGCAAGGGCAGCAUAAAGAUGUCAGUGUGUGAAAUUAAAGUUCACCCUACUGAUAAUACCAGACUGGAGCUGAUCAUACCAGGAGAGCAGCAUUUCUACGUGAAGGCUGUAAAUGCAGCCGAGAGACAGAAAUGGCUGGUGGCUCUAGGAAGCUCGAAGGCUGGGCUUGCUGACACAAGAACCAAAAAAGAGAGAGAAUUAACAGAGACCACCGAGUCUUUGAAAACCAAGAUGUCAGAACUGCGUCUGUACUGUGACUUACUAAUGCAACAGGUUCACACCAUUCAGGAGUCGGUGGAGCAGGAGGGAGACCAUGCCGAGACGAGGAAUGAGGCGUCGUCUUUACUGAGCGCCACAUGUAAUACCUUCAUUCAGACACUGGAGGAAUGUAUGAAGAUUGCUAAUUUGAAGUUCCAGACAGACAUGCUGCAGUCGAGUCCUUCGGACCCACUGAUGUCACCUGUCUCCCCGUCUCCCAUCCAAAUGGCCAGAAUGAAACGUUCCAUCAGCCAUCCAGGCACAUAUAGCUAUGACAGGUCCAGUGCGCCGAUGGAUCACAGGUCAUCACAGAGACGCACACGGACGCACUCAGAUACGGAGGCUCUCAGUGACGGUGGUGCAGAGGAGAUGGAGCGUCCUGUGCUGUUUCCCAAAGCCAGUGUAAACGGUGACACCGCACCAGUAAUUCCUGAAGAGAUCGGCACGGGGACGUGUUUAAUAAUGGAAACGGACACUCCGGAGUCAGACUUGUCACUCUGAGCGCAGAUUUUUCGGGGUUACACGAGCAGGAGGAAACGUGCUGAUGUGCAGCUACUGUUUGCAGCUCCGCAUUACUGAUGUUUAGGAAGUAUUAUUUCCCUCAGUGAAGAAUUUUGUUGCACUUUAAUAAGAAAAUGACAGAAAACAAAGUUUGAAUGUUUGUAUUUUUUUUUUUUUCCCCAGAUCUCUUAAAUUGCUUUGUUUUCCAGAUAAAUGUUGUUUUGUUUGUGACACACGAGCCCAUCAGUGAAGAGAAUAGAAAUCCACUUUGGAUUUCACAAGUGACAUGUAGCCUUUUGUGAGGAGAACCUUGAUGAAUAAGGUUUUAGUUACAGUGCCAAGUGAGUGGCAAUAUUGUGAGUGUACUGACAGUAAAGGGUAAUUUUUUUUUUUCCAAAAUUUCUGUAUAAUUUGCUGAGUGCAAAGUCAAUACUGAUGUACUAAAACCUCUAAAAUGUUACAAAUAUGUUGCCUUAGGGGCUGUUUUUACAGUAAGAAUUUCAUCUUUGGUUCUCACCGGGACCCAUUUGUGCCUAUGCCAUUUGUGUUGGUUAUGUAGCAUAUAGUUUGCUAAAUUACAUGGUGCAUCAGUAUGGAAAAAAAUAAUUCUUUAGAUUUGGCACAAUAAAUCGAAGCAUAUAGAACCGCCCUUUUUACCGCACUCCAAACCGUAGUUUGGAGAACAAACAAAAUGGCUCUCGCUGCGCUUUAGUCCCUGUCACAAAUGUUGUUUUAAGAAAAUGUAUCUAACCGAGCAAACACUGAGCAAAUUAUGCUGACAUUUUGAAAAAUCUAUGGACUUUCCCAUUUCUUUUAUGCUUUACUUUUGCUUUGUUGUGCACUUGGCAUGCUCCAGUGUUUAUGCAGUUAUUAUGCAAAUACACACUUUUUUUUAUUUAUUUAUAAUAAGUUGCCAGAUUUUAGCAGUCAUUUCCCCCUAUAUACAUCAUUUUGCCUUAAAAUUGAUUCUUCGCAUGGAGGAAUUUGAUGUGUUAAUAUAUUUAAUGUAGGAAAAAAAAAAUGCAUUAAAAGUAUAUGGGAUGAUUGUUUUUUUUUUUUUACUUUUAUCUAACAUGUACCUUGCAUUACUGCUGAACUUUCUGCCUGAUAGUGAAACGGAGAGAGCGAACUGCACAUUGUUUACCACAGCUAGGCAAAUCCAGCUUUAACUCCAUUACCCUGCUUUCCACUGUCUGCUUCCACAUUUACUUAUUGGAUUAUCAUUUCUGGCUUAUAAUCUUUCCCCAAAAAGUAUUGGGGGAAACUAAAUGAUUAUAUGACAGCGCAGAAGAGUGUUUUUUUUUUUUUCUUUUUUUUUAAGAGUUCUGGUUGACAAUUGCAAGAAUGAACAUUACAGAAUAAAUCUAUUUUCAACUGAAUCAGCAACUUUAUGUAAUGCUCAGCUAAAGCAGAACAGAAACAGAAAGAUGCAACCCGAUGUGCUCUUCCUUCCUCUAACAUUGAUUUCUUUUAUUUUAUGAUUUUGUAAUAUUUAGUAAGGCACUCUUACAACAGCUUCAAGAGAAUAAAGUAGUUUUUGGAGCAUAA